AUGGGAGCAAUAAUGGAGUUGGAGGAAAAGUUAAAUGAAGUUCGCUCAUCCCAUGGACACCGAAUAGACGACAUCAGCAUUAACCAGGGUCAGAUUAGGAAGAGUAUCGAAGAACAGAUACAGAUCAUACACAGGAUACAAUUGAGCGACUUUGAAAACGCAACCCUGAAAAUAACCGAUAUCCAAAGUAAACUUCAAGAGCAAAUCAAGACUCAAGCUGAGGAUUUUAGGGAGCUAACUGUGGAAGCGAACAAGUCGAUGGCACGACAAAGCAAAGAGAUGCAAGUGAUAAAGAGGCAGGUUGAAGAUCGGAUUGAGUCCCUGAACGGUACUGUGGAUAAAAAGGAAAGAGGGCUCAGUAUCAAGCUGCAGGAGACCAGAGACAAAUUUGUUAAGAUUGAAGAUAGGUUCAGUGAGGUUACAACUAAAUUUGCGACAGUAAGCGGAAUAGUUGAGACUGCUAUCGACCAAAUCCAUUCGACACGAGCGAGAGCUGAGGAAGCAACGGAUAUUCAGAAAAAUAGAUUCGAAUAUUUUGAUAUGUUCAUGCAAAGCUUGAAGCAAUCCCAAGCAACGAUUGAUAGUCGAAUAGGGUUCUUGUACACUAUUGUGAACGAACUGCGGUGGAGGGAACGCGCGGAAACAGCUCGAACUAACCGAGUUACUCGCCAGCACAGCUCCUCUAACUUGGUAGGGGAUGAUGUAAAGUCCACCAAGUCCGGCAAGUUUGUUACCUACAGUCAUGCUUCUGUGGACUUUGUAGAAGUCGACAACUUAACUCAAGCGGUCAACGACAUUGAAAUGGAAAUGAAAGCAAAGAUCGAGGUUUUGACAGAUAAUCUCGAGCAGCACCGAAAGGAAACUCUACAUGCAAUCAGCAGAGCACGAGAUAAAAGUCUGAGUUCCACCACUGCAGUAGAUAAACUUCAAACUGUAGUUGAGAGAAUGAACGAGAAGUUCUCUGAUAUAACCAGGUUAGAGAACGAACUAGGAGCAGUCCAGAAGAAAAGUGAUCACAUGGAAGAGAAAGUGGACCACCUGGAGGGAGUGAGUGAGAAUGCCAGCACUAAGGUAGACGUCCUGGCCAGAAAACUGUGGGACGUGUUUGAUAGUGAUAUGAAUCUCAACCAGUUUAUUGACUACCAUCUUAAAGAUGAUAAGGAAAGGCUUUGGAGGUUGGAGUACGAUACAAAUCAUCUGAAACACAUGACGAUAGGGGAAAACGUUGAAGAAGACACCCUCCCCCUCCACUUACAGAACACCACAGUGAUAGGAGAAGUUGACCAUGUGAAGAAGAACAUAUCACGGUGUUUGGUGAAGAGCGAGCAGCUGGUUGAUGACGUCACUAACAUAGCCAAACAGAACGAUAUGAUACGCAAUGAUAUGAGGGACCUCAAGCUGUUGUGUGAUUAUCUUAGCAGCAAAAACGAUGAAACUCAGAGGUACUGUAGUGCAUUGAGAAAACACUUAGAGUACACAAACAGAAAGCUGGAUGCCUAUGAAACAGGUGGAAAAAUACCCUUCCGAAUUUUCAGGAGCGAGAGUCAGAUUUAUGACUUUGAAGAAGAUUUACCGCCGCUAGAAAAGAAAAAGAAAACACCUCUUGAGAGCCCUAAGCCAUCCACGCCAAUCUUUAACCUUUUUAUGAAGAACAAAGAAAGACGCGAACAAGAAAGUCCUACUGUAAGAGAAGUCGAAGCGUUGAAUCUCAAAUCUAGACAGCGGGUGCCAACCCCUGAAAUUAAAUCAGCCGUUCCUGCAAAGCCUAAAACUAAGCCUUCAAAAAAGAACAAAGCGCCUAAACCUCCUCCUUCUCCUCCUAAAAAAGAAGAGAAAUCACCUACCCGUCCUCCUAGAACACCCAAGUCGUCUGGUAGCGGCUUCUUCAACUUCUUCAGUGGCUCAAAGAAGCCAGAUGAGGAAGAGGAUGCAGUCAAAAAGGAAGUGAAGCACGAUGAGCCGGAAAUAGAGGGAGGGCCUAAAUCAAAAGGUAUUUUAGAAAGGAUAUUUGGGAGUAGUGAUGAGCCGAAGCCGAGUCCAACCCCUCCACCUAAACAUAUAGGACAUCUAAAAAAGAAAAGAUUGGCACCAGAACCUCCAACUAAAGGCCAUGAUAGGAAACAAUCUGGACGUUAUGAAAACGUCACACCCUCUGAAGAGGAUAGAAAACCUAUGGAGAGAUUGGAUAUAUCAAAAAUAAGCGUGGAGAGAGGAGCAAUUGCUGAGGAGAAAUCACGAAAAGAAAUAGAAAGUGAAAAUAAGCUUAGAGCCCUAAGGGAUCAAGAAAUAGCUGACAGAGAGUUUAUAGAAAAAGAAACUGAGGCUAGGAGGAAGGAAGAGGAUAAGCGAAAACGACGAGCGAGUAUAGACGCUAAGUCAGAACGAGAGAGACGACUAGUUGAUGCUACUGAUCGAGCCAGGGAAGCAAGAGCCAAUGACAAGGUCAUUAAGGGGGAACUUCCGACUAUGGAAAGGUAUUACUAUUAGAUAAUAGAUAUACCCUCGAUUAUUUAAAUGAAAGUGUCAUACGAAUAUAAUUUAUGUUGGGGAAGUUGAAUCUU